GACAUCCGACGACUUCACGACCGACAACCCGGACGACAAACCACAGCAAUGGCCCCCAAGGACACCAAGAAGGCUACCAAGCCCUCCGCCAAGGCUUCUGCUGCGGCCAAGGCCACUCUCCGCGGCGUCAACUCGCACAAGGUCCGCAAGGUUCGCCUUAGCACCACCUUCCACCAGCCCAAGACGCUGCAGCUGUCGCGCGCGCCCAAGUACCCCCGUACUUCGAUCCCGCACCAGCCCCGCUUCGAUGCCUCCAAGGUCAUCAUCCACCCGCUCAACACCGAGAGCGCCAUGAAGAAGAUCGAGGAGAACAACACCCUCGUCUUCAUCGUCGACGUCAAGUCCAACAAGCGCCAGAUCAAGGACGCUCUUAAGAAGCUCUACGACGUCGACACCAUCAAGAUCAACACCCUGAUCCGCCCUGAUGGUUCCAAGAAGGCUUUCGCCCGCCUGACCCCCGAUGUCGACGCCCUCGACAUCGCCGCCACCAAGCUGGCCAUCGUCUAAACAACGAAAAACGGGGCAGGAGUUUUGCGGCUGUUGUGGCUGGUUUAGCAAAGGCCGGGAAUUAAAAAAUGUCAUCUGGGUCAAGUUCGUGAAUAGCGAAUCGGAACAGCCAAUUCACUUGUGUCAAUGGGCAAACUUUUUAUUUGAUACCCCAAACGCUUCGGUCUGCAGUUGGAGCAUUUUGUCGUCUAUUUGCAGUCGGGG